AUGUCUUCAACCUCUCCUAUUCUGGCGCAGCCAACACCACAUUUCUCCAUAAACGCCGACAAGAACCAAUACCGGCGGCCGGAAAAUCUCACACUACUUAUUGAAAAUUGCAGAUCCAUCAAGCGUUUAACUCAAAUCCACGCAUUCCUCAUCCGCCGUGGCCUGGAAACCGAAACCAUCCUGAAUUUCAAGCUCCUCAAAUCAUAUUCAUCUUUGGGACAUGUCCAAAACUCUCUCUCAAUCUUCAACGCCACGGGAAACCCAAAUGUCUACUCCUAUACAGCAAUAAUCCACGGCCACGCCACAUACGGCCUCCACGAACGAGCCCUUCGCUUUUACUCGCAAAUGUUUACGGAGAAAGUAGAGCCCAACGCGUUCACUCUGUCCGCUGUCUUAAAGGCCAGCGCGUUGGAGACCGGAAAAUCUCUUCAUUGCCAUGCUUACAAGCUUGGGGUAGAGUCGAACAAUUACGUCCGGACCGGACUUGUUGAUGUUUAUGCAAGGGGCGGAGAUGUUGCGUCUGCCCGUAAGGUGUUCGAGACAAUGCCUGAAAAGAAUAUGAUUUCCUCGACAGCAAUGAUCACCGGUUACGCGAAGAAUGGGGAUAUCGACGAGGCAAGAAAGUUGUUUGACUCAAUGGACGAGAGGGACGUCGUGAGCUGGACCGUGAUUAUUGGCGGGUAUGCUCAGCACGGGAGUCCUAAUGAGGCUUUGACGCUUUUCAGAAAGAUGAUGAGAUCAGGAUUGAGGCCGAAUGAAGCAACUAUGUUGGCUGUUCUCACCGCUUGUGGUCAAGUGGGUGCACUUGAGUCGGGCAGGUGGGCCCACUCCUACCUUGCCCAUAGCAAAACCUGUACAAUUGAUGCUCGGGUUGGAUCGGCCUUAAUCGACAUGUACGGGAAAUGUGGGAGUUUGGAGGACGCGCUUUCGGUGUUUGAUGGGAUUAGAGAUAAGGAUGUGGUUGUGUACAAUGCCAUGAUCGGGGCUUAUGCAAUUCACGGGCUUAGUGGGGACGCUUUGAACCUGUUUCGGGAAAUGAGGGAAAGCGGCCUCCCACCGACUGACAUCACAUUCAUCGGUGUUCUUAGCUCGUGCGCUCAUGCGGGGGCCGUCUCGGACGCAUGGACUAUCUUCGAUUCAAUGGAGAAGGAAUACGGGAUGAAGCCAAAAGUCGAGCAUUAUGGGUGCAUGGUGAACCUUCUGGGCCGGGCUGGGAGACUGGACGAGGCUUACCGGCUUGCCACGAGUAUAGCCGAACUGGGUGACCCCGUCCUCUGGGGGACGCUGCUCGAUGCGUGCAGGCUCCACAAAAAUGUUGGUCUUGGCGAGAAAAUAUUCGAGCACCUCGUUGAGUGUGGGCAGGCGGAGUCGGGGGCCCACGUGCUCCUAUCCAACAUCUAUGCCGGGUCAGGAGACUGGUGUGGGGUUUCGAGAAUGAGGGCCCGGAUGAAGGAGUGUGGAGUCCGCAAGGAGCCGGGUUGCAGCUCGAUCGAGGUCGACAAUGAGGUGCAUGAGUUUCUUGCAGGGGACGUGAAACACCCGAGGGCUAAAGAGAUCUACGGCAUGCUCGGAAAAAUGAGCGGUUGGGUAAAGGAGAGGGGAUACACGGCCCAGACGGAAGGGGUUCUGCACGACAUUGGGGAGUGGGAGAAGGAGCGGUCGCUUGAGGUUCACAGUGAGAAGUUGGCGCUUGCAUUCGGGCUCAUUAGCACGGGCCCUGGGACCACGGUCAAGAUUGUGAAGAAUCUGCGGGUUUGUGUGGAUUGCCAUGAGGUUAUCAAGAGAGUUUCAGGGAUUACGGGGAGGAAGAUAGUUAUGAGGGACCGGACCCGGUUUCAUCAUUUUGUGGGUGGGGUGUGUUCUUGUGGGGACUACUGGUGA